AUGUGUACUAUAGGGGCCAGCUGUGAGGUGGUGAUCAACGUGUGUGACUCUAGUCCAUGCCAGGCUAACAGUACCUGUGUCUUAGGAUCAGACGGAGGUCACAGUUGUCUCUGUCCCCCUGGGGUCACCAACUGUGAUUCCUCCCACCAGUCGUGUUACCUUGGCUACUGUCAGAACAACGGCCUCUGUAAUUUAACAAAAUCCAACCAGCUACAAUGUAUAUGUCCUCUCGGCUUUCAAGGUGAGUUUUGUGAGGUCAAGGUCAACAACUGCCGUGAUGAUCCUUGUCAGAAUGGUGGCAUUUGUACAACCACAGGUGAUGGUUAUACAUGCAAGUGUAAAAAUAUGUGGAAGGGAGAUAACUGUGAGAUUUCAUUUAUACCGAACUGUGACAUGUUCCCCUGUCUGAACAAUGGUACAUGUGUUGUCUCCCCUGACCAGGAGUUGGGUUAUUCAUGCACGUGUGAGUCCUUACCUGGGGUGACAUGGGGACCGAACUGUGAACACAAUCCUUGUGAACUUGAUCCUUGUCAGAACUCUGGAACCUGUAUCCUCCUUACCGACAUCAAUUACCUCUGUCUGUGUCCAGUCAACAUUUCCGGUCAGCUGUGUGAGGGUGAUCCCAAUCAACUGACCACUCAUGAGACAGAGUUCUCUACAACAACUGUAGCUGUAAAAUUUGAGGCAACAACACUCAAGUAUACAGGGAAAGAGAAGCCAUGUAAAACUGUGGUAUGUGAGAAUGGUGGCACAUGUAUUACCAGACAGGGACAGGAUCACUGUAUCUGUACCCUGGACUACACAGGGAGAGAGUGUACCAGGUACAGACAGAGAGUAACUAAAAAGUACAAAGCCACCAUCUUGGUAAAGAAACCAUAUCACACAUUCUACAAACAUGGCUGGCUCUUCAGGCACAACUUUACCAAAGAGGUGAGUAUGUUAUACUCUGGGAUGAUGAAUGCUGAAGACCAUGUAAGGACUAACAACAUUUACAUCAGACCUGGUCGUAGGCCGCAGAGAAUGAUGGUGACCUUCACACUAGUGUAUACAAAGUUUAAGGACAGUGAAGGGUCUGCCUUGACAAUGGCCAGCCUCCGACAGGUUCUUGAGGACAGUCUACUUAGUGGUUACCUUGGUAGCCUUCCGGUGUCCCACAAGAAGUUCUCCUUCAUGGCCCUGUCAGACGGAGAAAAACUUGGCAGAACAGGAUCUCACCCUGGUAAGGAUACAGUCACUUAUUUAGUGGCUGGUAUCAUCUUUCUGCUGCUGAGUCUCUUUGUCCUGGCUGCCUUCGUUGUGGUCCGUUUGAGGAAGGUGGCAUACAGUGAGACAUCCAAAUUGAUGCAGAGGGUAAGGCUAAACAACAGAAAUAACAUGUCACUACAGCUCUUGUCCAAUCCUAUGUUUGAGGACCUGGCUGACCGCCAUCCUUCAGAUAACAUGUAUGCAGAGCUAAGUGACUCAGCCAUUGAUCCCUACUGCGUGAGUACAAAGUCGGAGAUACAGCGUGGCUCCUCCAACUACUCCUCUAAACGCAGUAACAAGGAGUGUAAUCUGGAGUGGGAAGCUGCUAGGAAAACCUCCGAACUUUCUGACACUGCCAGUGACUGUGCCAAGAAAAUAGGUACUCACUAUGACUCAGUGUUUUCUGAUGGAGACAGCUACAUCAGCCCUAUACACAACAAAAACCAAUUUGAGUACGCAAAUGUGAAGGAGAAAAACGAAAACAAAGAGUUACUUCCUCUGUCAGGAAAACAUGACAAAGACUGCAGUCUGGUAAGUUUAGAUUCCGAACAUGACAUGGAAAGUGGUGGCUUUGAACCUAGUAGUGAAAACAUCGAGAGGAAGGACAGUACCCAACCGAAGGGAAAUAACUCUGUAGAAACAGAUACUGACUACCUACAGGCCAGUAUACCUGGGACAGGAUAUCCUUCAACACCUUCAUACACAAACACAGCUACAGACAAGAUUGAAGAGAAUGAUGUCAAGUCUCCUAAAUACAGCUAUGCCAGUUUGCCUGUUGAAAGGACAGACAACUCAUCCCUAUCUACGACGUGUGAACAGAAAGUCUUUAACACUAGUACAUCCUCUGAUACUAAAUCAGACAGUGUGAAAUCUGAUACAAACUUCAGCUUUUCAUCCAGAGACAAACAUACCUAUCACAACUCAACAGAAACAGAGGAAGAUGCUCCGCCCCUUGAGAUUACGUAUGACAUUCCUCAUUCACAACAUCCUGAAAUGUCUGCCACAAACAAGGAUACUAAAACAGCCAAGUCAAAAAAACUUUCCAGAUCAAAUAAGGAGGAUGAGAAAAGGCCAGCCAAGAAAAAGAAUAAUGCUUCGAUCAUGAGGACAGAGUCUGCCAGCCAGACUGACUACGUGGAUAUGUCAAAUGGUCUCGUGCUGGACAAAAUCAUCCGUUGGCGACGCAAGAGAUCAGGGGAAACAGCUGCUAAAAAAAAAGAUGAUGAUGAUGAAGAUUACAACUACAUCGAACCAAAUGUCCCAGAUAUAAAGUUCAACAAGUCUGGCUGCAAGAUCAUCAGGAAAGACUCAGCUAGUCAGACAGAUUACUUAGAUAUGACUGGUGGCAAGCUGCUGUCCCAGUUCAGGGACAGAUCACCAAACAUUCGGGAGUCUAAUCGGGAGUCUUUCCGAAGAAAAUCCAUGCAUGACUACUUGGAAGUCCUGCCAGGUGAAUGUAAUGAGGAAAAGAAAGAUGGUCUCACGUCAACUCUUCCUCGACCAGUUAAAAGGUCUGCACUACUGGAGUCUGCUGCCACCUCUACACUGCCACGAUCAGUCAAGAAAACAGUCUUAAAAGGCUCUGUUUCUGUCUCCUCACUUUUAAAAGUUGGAAGGAAAGAUAUGUCCAAGAGACAGUUGCCUCCUCUCCCCAAGCAUGCAGAAGUAUAAACAAUGGUCUCCCGUUCCUUUGCAUUCAGUAAGGUGUAAACUGUUCCCUUGCAGGGUAUGGUGAAACGAGCUGUUCUUUGUAUGCUAAGGUUUAGACAGGUGUUUCCCCAUUCCACACAGGGUAAAGUUUAGACAGUUGUCUUCCCUUCUGAAGCAGGGCAAACAGAAACCAGUUAUCUCCCUUACACAUACAUCACACCGUGCCAUAGACAUACAUAUAUACAUAUCAAUAUAGAUAUAUCUAAUCUAUAUCAUCCUAAUGGAUCAUUUGACCUUUACACUAACCUAUUGAUACCCCUUCCCCAUCAGUCCGUUGUCCUAAUGGAUCAUUUGUCCUUUACACUAACCUAUUGAUACCCCUUCUCCAUCAGUCCGUUGUCCUAAUGGAUCAUUUGACCUUUACACUAACCUAUUGAUACCCCUUCCCCAUCAGUCCGUUGUCCUAAUGGAUCAUUUGUCCUUUACACUAACCUAUUGAUACCCCUUCCCCAUCAGUCCGUUGUCCUAAUGGAUCAUUUGACCUUUACACUAACCUAUUGAUACCCCUUCCCCAUCAGUCCGUUGUCCUGAUGGAUCAUUUGUCCUUUACACUAACCUAUUGAUACCCCUUCCCCAUCAGUCCGUUGUCCUAAUGGAUCAUUUGUCCUUUACACUAACCUAUUGAUACCCCUUCCCCAUCAGUCCGUUGUCCUAAUGGAUCAUUUGUCCUUUACACUAACCUAUUGAUACCCCUUCCCCAUCAGUCCGUUGUCCUAAUGGAUCAUUUGUCCUUUACACUAACCUAUUGAUACCCCUUCCCCAUCAGUCCGUUGUCCUAAUGGAUCAUUUGUCCUUUACACUAACCUAUUGAUACCCCUUCCCCAUCAGUCCGUUGUCCUAAUGGAUCAUUUGACCUUUACACUAACCUAUUGAUACCCCUUCCCCAUCAGUCCGUUGUCCUGAUGGAUCAUUUGUCCUUUACACUAACCUAUUGAUACCCCUUCCCCAUCAGUCCGUUGUCCUGAUGGGUCAUUUGUCCUUUACACUAACCUAUUGA